AUGGUAUUUUUAUUUUACAACAAAACUUUAGAAACAGGUUAUAAAACGUCCACAACUAAUGCUUUAAGACGAGAGGGUUAUAUUAUUUUAGAUCACAUAUCAAAUGGGAGUUAUGGAGAAGUUCGUCAUUCUAAAUAUAUAACUGAAAAUUCUGAGCAAGAUUUAGUUGUGAAAAUAAUUGAUACACACCAGACGAGUAAAGAUUAUGUUACAAAAUUUUUACCGCGUGAACUAGAUAUACUACGAAAAAUUAAUCAUCCAUAUAUUAUAUACACACACAGUAUAUUGCAGAGAAAAGCGGUGCUUUUUAUUUUUAUGGCCUAUGCAGGAAAAGGUGAGCUUUUGCAGUACGUAAUUAAAGAAGGGCCUUUAAAAGAAAAUCGAGCUAGAGUAUGGUUCCGACAAUUGGUACUGGCGCUGCAAUAUUUACAUACAAUGGACAUUGUGCAUAGGGAUAUCAAAUGUGAAAAUAUUCUCAUAACAAAUAAUUUUACUAUGAAAUUAGCUGAUUUUGGUUUUUCGAGAUUUGUAAACAGGUCAAAAAGGUUAAAUUGCAAUACUUAUUGUUGUUCCAUCGCAUACGCUCCGCCAGAAGUGUUAAACACACGACCGUACGAUGGGAAAGCUUCAGACAUUUGGUCUUUAGGGGUUGUACUUUACGUAAUGAUAAAUAAAAAAAUGCCAUUUAACGAUUCGAAUGUGAAACUAAUGUACAAACAACAAGUUAAGCGUGAAUGGCAUUAUCGAUCCAGUGUAGAGCAAAUGAUUAGUCAGGAAGCAAAAACUUGUGUUUAUAAUAUGCUGCAACCAGAAGCUAAAAAACGUUGGACUACGGAUAAAAUAUUAAACAGUGAAUGGAUAAAGAUGAAUCCUAAAUUAAUCACAAUGAAUGAAAACGAAACACUGGCUUUGGUGGAAGCGAUGAAAAUAAAUCAAACAAAACAUAAUCAACACCUGAAAAAAAUCGACUCGAAUAAUACCGGCACUCAGCAGUUGUUAAACAAACGUCCUCCAAAGUUUGAAAGUCAUACACAGUCUAUGUUAUCAGUUGACGUAAAUGAAUUAAAUUCUGAAAAUAAGUUGUCCAAAGUACACUCUAUUAGACGUUCUGCUAGAGUUUUGAAUGCCAAUAAGUUAUUAGUCGAUAGCGAUAAUUCUUCUAAGGAUAUAUUAUAG